ACCAGCGCCAGCAGCAACAGCCAUCUGCAAUCCAAACGAAGCCAUUCACUAUACGUUACGCCUGUUUGGUUUUUCCCUCCCAAAUCAAACCGAGAAUCAUCCGAUUCUGCUUCUUGCGUAUAAGUUUCCGUCACUCUGCAACCAAAUUCGUGUUCGGAAUUUUGGUUUUUCUGGAAAUUUUGAUUCGAAUCAUCGAUAUAUACGAUAUACAAUAUACAGGUGCUUUCAUAUAUAUAGAGAGAGAGAAUUAGGAAGAGAGAGAGAGAGGAGGUAAGAGUAUGGAGAGGAGUGGUGAUGAUUUUGGGAAGGAAAGGAAGGAGGCGAUGGCAAGUCCGGAGAGAAGCAGCGGCGGUCAGGCUGAGACGUCAAUUGACAAAUUCGAGGACUCUCCUAUCUUUGGUUUUAUUAACAAUCUUUCACCAAUCAAACCGUUGAAAUCGACACUCCUCUCUCACUCGAUAAAUCCUCUUAGUUUCGGCCCAAUGCCGUCAGUUUUCACUUCGCCGCAAGUUAAUCCUCUAAGGGAAUGUCGAAUUCUUCGAAGAGAUUUGUCGAAACCUGAAUUUUCUUCUGGCGAUGGAAUCACGAGCAACACAUACGGAGAAAAUGAAGACCACUGUAAGAAACCGGAUGAACACGAAGAAAAUCCAGAACCUGAUUCUGAUUCAGCUGCUGAAUUAUCUAACGAAUGCUCGAAGCUUGUGGCUGAUUUUGUCGAAAAUAUCAACAGGGAAUCCUCCUCGAGGCCUGGCGACUGUGUUGAAGCCAAAAAUGAUUGUUCUUGGGGAUCUUCGACAUUUGCAGGAGAGUGCUCUCAAAGCAGCUUAUUAACACAAGUCGAUUCAAGGAAUUGGGGGAGUUUGAUUCCAGAAACCUCAAAUCCGUUAACUUUGGAAUCACAAAAACCAGUUGAUCCAGCUGCAAUUUACUACCGAAGCAUUAAAUGUGCGGUCCAGAACUUAGACUCUAGCAGCGCAGCGUUUUCUAGUGAACUGAGUCGACCUGAAAACUUUCCUGCUCGGCUUGGAGAAGAAACUGAGAUUAUGGAACAUGCUUCGGCUGCUCACGAUGGAAUGAAUUCGAGCGAAAAGAUGGAAUACGAGCAAUUAUUGGGUUUCUACCGUGGUGUGAGGCGACGCUGUCUGGUUUUUGAGGCGACGGGGGGCAGCCGAAACAAUUUCGAGGAGAAUUCAGUGACAAAUUCUUCUUUAUUGCUACAAUCAAACGGCAACACUUCUUCGAACCAACAAUUAGCGCUAUCAAACGCCGCUGGGAAUGAUUUUUCAGGCCAAGCGUUGCAUGGUGUCGGAUUGCACCUAAAUGCUAUAGCGGCGACUCCCAAUGGAUACAAAAUCGUCAAUCGUGAAGCUCAGGCUUCGGGAAGACUAUUGAUCGGCCACAGCUCGUCAUCUACCGGUUUCGUGUCUCAAACUUCUAAUCAAGUCUUGUUUGAGAAUGAUUCUGUCGAAAAUGGUGCUGUUCCUGUGAUCGAUCCUUGCAAGGAGUCGGGAGGUAUGCCGAAAGAAGAGACCAAUAAGAGUUUUCAGAAGAAGAAAAGUGGAAGGAUGGAGACGGGCAGCAAGGGAGAAUCAUGCGGGCGAUGCAACUGCAAGAAAUCGAAAUGCUUGAAACUUUAUUGCGAAUGCUUCGCUGCCGGAACCUUCUGCGGGGAACCUUGUGCGUGUAUCGAAUGCUUCAACAGACCUGCCAAUAAGGAAAAGGUUUCUGCAACGCGUAAACAAAUUGAAUCGAGAAAUCCUCUUGCUUUCGCUCCCAAAGUGAUUCGAGGUUCCGAUUCUUCAUCAGAAAGACAGGAUGACUCUAGCAAAACACCAGCUUCUGCUCGGCAUAAAAGAGGUUGCAACUGCAAGAAAUCGAGCUGUCUGAAGAAAUACUGCGAAUGCUAUCAGGGCGGUGUCGGAUGCUCGAUCAACUGUAGGUGCGAAGGGUGUAAAAACAAGUUUGGUCGGAAAAACAAUGUUUCGAGUAUAAGCUCGAUGGAUACCGAAUCCGAAUCCGAAGAACCAAAAGCUAUUGAGAAGGACGCAAGCGAUCGACCUUCGAAAAAGAUCAAAAUCCAAAACACCAUCGAACCAAAAAUAGACUCGGCGCCUCCGUCGACUCCAUCAAACACCGUAGGGCAUUUGAUCAAUCCAUUUUUGUCAAAGCCAAAGCUCCCAAUGUAUCCGGUCCCUUCCAUUUGCUCGUUGCCCGGUUUUGCGGGGUUCCAAAAGUCAAGCUUCUUCCCAUCACUACCCAAGAUCGAUCAACGGAUGGCAACGGUUGGGGAAGAGGAAAUAAUAAUGCCGGAGUUUCUUCAAGGGGUAUCGCCGCCGGUUGGGGCCAUCAACUCGUCCUCGCCUAACCGGAAGAGGAUUUCGCCGCCUCAACGGUUAGGGAAAAUCUCGUCGCCGCCGCCGCCGUCGUCGUCGUCGGGAUUGCGAAGCAAUAGGAAAUUGAUACUUGAAUCAAUCCCAUCUUUUCCUUCCCUUGGUUCUUCAAAAAAUGUGAGUUCAUGAGGUAGUCUUAGUUUUUGUAAGUUAAGUUAAGAUGGGGUUUUUUUUGGGGGGUUAAGUUAAAAGGAUGUUGUGUUAUUUGGUUUUGAUCGAUAAUUUGUUUUGAGUUUUGGUGUUUUUUUUAUGGUUUGGGUUUAUUUUAUAAAAUAAGAACUUGUUUUAUGGGAUGGUUUAUGAGUUGAAGAGCUUUAUUUA